GUCGCAGUACUCGUUAGCGGAAUCACAACUAUAGGCCUAUGUCGCUUGCACAUCCAAAAGACACACUGUAGCGCUUUAAAUACCCCUGUGACAAGGCUAACUCUGAAUCAGUGUUGUAAAGGUUGUAAAAAUAACAUGUUUGUAGAUGUGCUGUGACAGCAACUUUUGGACUGUUAUCUAAAUUCAGACGCGGCUUAAAACAUAGCUCAGCUAUUCUGAGCCAUACAGUGACAGACAUACUUCUCGAAUGCACAGGGCAAGAGAUCAGGAUCAAAGCACCACAGUGACAUGCCAAUGACACCGCAGUGAUACAGUCAUUGCGCCCACAGCAGAGGUGACAAGUUCUGUCCACUGAGGGGACAGCUUGUGUCAUGUAUUUCACAGCUGUCAACUGCUCCUUCAAAGGUGGACUGGCGAGAGCUAGCGUCAGGCUCUAUUUAUCUAAAGGAUACAACGUUCUUAAUGCAGUCUUUGUGAAUCUUAAUAAGCAUUUACACGUUGGCAUCGAGUGACUGUCGCCGUUUGCUGGUUAGUCAUACUGGGUCUCCGGUGUUAUGCGAGCCACAGGCAGGGGACGCCUACUCCGUCAUCGCACCCUCUCAAUGAGAAAGAGUAUACACUGGGCGCAGCCGGAGGCACUAAAGUGGGUGAGCGUCUAGUGAGCGUAAAUAAACACCUGUUCGAAGCCGUCAGCCAGAGCUGGAAGACAUGACAGAGCCUGCCGUGACACAGUAAACAGAGAAACUUCAUUGAUUUGGCGGGCUAUUGGGCGCCAAAAUGGCAGCUCAGAAAGGCCACAAAAAGGAGUAUCUCACUGUGAAAGACCUGGAGAAAGUGCUGAAUUCUUGCAAGCUGGAUCUGCACAUGAUUGACGAAGUGUGGCCAAACUUGUACAUAGGAAAUGUAUCAGUUGCCCAAAACAGGACUGCCUUACAGAAAUUAGGAAUCACUCAUGUGUUAAAUGCUGCCCACACCAAACGGGGCAGCAUUGGAGACCAAAGAUUUUACGGCAACAACUUUGUGUAUUGUGGCAUUCCAGCAGAGGACUCCACUCACUUUGACUUGGACGUAUACUUUCAACCGGCUGCUGAGUUCAUUCAUAAAGCGUUAAAAACACCUGAAGCCAAGAUUCUGGUGCACUGCAUCAUGGGAUUGAGCCGGUCCUCCACCCUGGUGCUGGCGUACCUCAUGCUCUACCACCGCCUGCCGCUGUGCAGGGCCAUCCAGAAGGUCAUCAAGAAGAGGGCCAUCUACCCCAACAGGAACUUCUGGCUUUGCUCCUGGACCUGGACCUGCAGCUGAACAGGAAGCACAGAACCUGCUUGCUCCUGUGACGGCUGGCAGCAGAGAGAGCUGCCACUGGACAUCACAUUACAUUUGUGACCUUUAUGUUGGUACAGAAACACUUGGACUAGAAAGCAUUGAAGUUAUGGUGACACGUUGAAAAGUUGCUGGAGAUGGUUAGAGUGAUGCUAAUAAUUUUUAUUUUACUGUGAAAGGUUUCUGUUGUUGUUGUUGUUGUUGUCGUCAUUAUUUUCCUUAACAAAAGACAGAAAGAUUUACUACAAUGUGAAAGAGUUGCUACAUUGUGUGAUAUAAUCUUUGGCAGUGUUUCUGUGGCAUUGCAGUUGCAGUACAAGGAGUUGCGAAAGAUGUUCUGUGCUCAGGGAACGAACACAUCGACAGUCAUACAAAUUCAGUUAUGCAGUCAGAAUGCAAAAAUGUGUCUGGCUUCACACACACACACACACACACACACACACACACACACACACACACACACACACACAGACAAAAUGUGGUGAGGGUCAUGGUCAUGAUUUCCUAGUUUAUAAAAGCUUACUUAAGUUGUGCUGUAGGGUUAUUUUAUAUGUUUGCUGUCUACCAAUGUCCAUUGAGUCUCCAAAAUCACUGCUGUGACACUACCUAUGUAACCAAGAGGACCAAAGCCCAGUUCAAGAGACAGAAUCUGUAAUAAAUAUAGAUUGUCAACUACAA